UCAAGGUCUGGACAAAAGAACAUGCGACAACGACGCAGUGGACGAAUCGGACACGAUGCUGUUGCUUUCCCGGAUGGACCACCCGCUCGUAUAAUUGAGGACCGAGUCCGAAGUUGAAAUGGUUCAGCUCCAUUCUCGUUUCUUUCUAUAUGUCCCAGAGAGACAUGGCCGAGUUGUUCGGGAAGCAAGCCCAGCGAUACGUGGACGGUCGGCCGAGCUACCCGCCGCAGCUCUUCCAAUUCAUCGCGUCUAAGACACCGUCUCAUGACCUUGCCUGGGACGUCGGCACGGGAAGCGGCCAAGCCGCCCGAUCCCUUGCAGAAAUCUACAAGAAUGUCGUAGCCACGGACGUGAGUCCGAAGCAGCUCGAGCUCGCGCCGAAGCUCCCUAACGUCCGCUACGAGCUCACUUCCCCGGUCGUGUCGACAGCCGAACUUCAACAGAAGGUCUCUGCGGACUCGACCGUCGACCUGGUGACCAUCGCAAUGGCCCUCCACUGGUUCGACCGGCCCAAUUUCUACCGACAAGCGAAGCGAUUGCUCAAGAAGCCGCACGGCGUUAUCGCCGCGUGCGGCUACACAAUGCCGAGAGUCACGGGCCCAGUCGAUUCGAUCUACGAAAAGUUCUACUCGAUGGACUCGAACCCGUACUGGAGCCCGACCCAUAAGCUGGUGAUCGACGAGUACAGGGACAUGGAUUUCCCGUUCGAGCCGGUGGAGGGGAUGGAGGACACGGGCCCGGUCCGGUUCGUGGCGGAGAGAGCAAUGGGGUUGGACGAGUUUCUCACCUUCAUAAGGUCGACGUCCCCCUACCUGAAGGCGAGGGAGGAGGGCGUGGAGCUUUUGGGCCGCGACGUCGUCGAGAGGUACGAGCGGGCUUGGAACGAGGACGGCGAGGAGGAGAAGACCGUCAAGUUCCCCGUUUUUCUCAGGAUUGGCAAGGUGGGAAACUCGUCCAUGGAUUAGAAUCAAAGGCCAUUCUAUCUGUGUCUGGACAAAUCUGUUCGAUCUGCUUUCAAGUGAAUAGGAUCGGUAUGCAUUAUCGCUCAGGCCCUCGUUUAAAAUUUUCCCUCUGGAAUUGCGCUGAGUUCAAUGAGGUGAGGUUGGUCUUUUCAAGAGAGCCGAUCCCAGGAGAAAUUGAAAACGACACAAAUUGAUACUGCCCAUUUGCAUUUUCUGACGGACCUUAUACGACAGCACGCUGGUAAUAAAAGAAAUGUCAAUUUCAGAACCUGCGACCCUAUG